CGGUAAAGCAUGGCAGCCUCCUUGAUACUCGAGAGAGCAGCUAGCCAGAAAGUUCUAGCACAUUCAUGUUACUGUGUUUAAAAGGGGAGUUCACUUGUUCUGAGCUCAAAAGGAGACAUCGUGUCAAUUCAUUCAACGCUGUUUUAUAAGACUCUUGAAAAGCUGUGUCCAUCAUGGCAGAAGACAGACAGGACAGGAGAUAUCCCCAGAACCUGCAGGGGGUCCUGCAGUUGGCAGUGGACGCUGGGUCAGCCGCAGAGGGCCCUGCCCCUGUUGAACCCAUGUCAGAGGAGAGGAAAAUGUGGCUGAGAGAAGCUCUCGCAGAAGUCACCAAAGGGCAGAUGGACGAAGUGGAGCAGAUGAAGAAGUGCUUGGCUGUCUUAUGCAAAGAAGGAAUGAGUGAAACGGAGAGAGAAGGAGAGGAAGAGAGGGAUGAGGAGGAUGAAGAUGAGCGGGAAUCAGCCUUUGAGGUGCUGUCAGAGCUGUGUGAGAACCUGGACAAUGCCAGAGACCUCAUGAUUCUUGGCGGACUGGAACUGUGCCUCUCCCAGUAUCUGUGUCAUGUCCAAAGUGGGCUGAGGUGGCGUGCCGCUGAGCUCAUUGCUUCCUGUGCCCAGAACAUGCCGCAGGUGCAGGUCCACUUGCUUAGCAUUGGGGCUCUGCCGAAACUACUGCAGCUGACAGACUCAGACCCCCACCCCACCGUCAGAGUAAAAGCCCUUUACGCUGUGUCGUGUCUGGUUCGAGAGCAGGAGGCAGGACUUCAGGCAUUCUUGUCCCACGAUGGUUUCUCGGUGCUGAUGCGAGGCAUGCAGUCGGAGAACGAGAAGCUCAGAACCAAGUCGGCAUUCCUUCUUCUCAGCCUGCUCACCUCACAUCCCGAACAGAAAGACACAGUUGUUUCCAUGGGUAUGGUACAGCAGCUGGUAUCUGUUCUCCGCACACCGCACUCACCUUUCCAUGAACAUGUGCUCGGUGCCCUUUGCUGUUUGGUGGAGGACUGUCCACAGGGUCUCAAAGACUGCAGGAAUCCUGCUAUGGGUCUGGAGGAGUUUCUCAGACAGCGUUCCAGAGAACUCCAAGGAAAAGAAGAAAGUCAGGAAGAACUGGACUUCUGUGAGCGUUUGAGGGUUGCGUGUUUCCGUGGGCAGCAGUCAGAUGACAAUGGGAUGGAUCGCUAAAGUCUAACUUGUUUUGAUAUCAUUGUGCAAAGAUGUAACAGACAUUCAUGAUCUGGUUCAUGGAUGCUAAGCAGUGUUUUAUCUGUUGCGACAGAUGCUGUCCAUAUUUUGCAUGUAAUCCAGGAACUGGAUUUUACUAUGUAAAUAACUGUAAUGUAUAAAGUACUUUUUGAAGUCA